ACAUUCUAGUUUACGGCCGUGCCGGUUCAGAAGUAGUCACAAGUGUGCUCGAAGGAAGAUCAUGCCUAUCCAGCUGACAAGUCAGGCUUACUGUAAAAUGCUCUUGCACGCCGCCAAGUAUCCGCACAACGCAGUCAACGGGCUGCUGGUUGCAGAAAAAGUCAAGGACAAAAAGAAAGACAGUCACCACGACCCGGUCUUGUGUGUCGAUUGCGUGCCGUUGUUCCACGGCACACUGGCUCUUGCACCUAUGCUCGAAGUUGCCUUAACAUUGAUUGACACGUGGUGUAAAGAAAACAAUUAUUUCAUCGCUGCAUACUAUCAAGCCAAUGAACGCACAAAGGAUUCAAGACCCAACCAAGUUGCUGAAAAAGUGGCAGGAAGGAUUUCUGAGUGCUUCAGUGAAGCCGCAAUUGUUAUGGUCGACAGCAGCAGAUUAAAAAUGAGCUGUUCCGAACCCAUUGUGCUCAUUUAUGAUCAUCACGAAAACAGAUGGAAAAGCAGAGAUGUCAACCUCGACUCAUUUGAGGACUGGAGUGAAGCACAGAAGAUCACAUCCGCUCUUCUCGAGGGUAGGUCCUACGAAUAUUUGAUCGACUUUGACAAUCACCUGGACGACCUCAGGAAUGACUGGACCAACCCAGUGAUCAACAAGUCUGUCUUGGACCUGUGUUAAGACCGUCGGCCGUGCAGGCUCGAAAAGCGCGUGGAGACUGAUCCCAUUGUUACUCGUGGCAUAGAAGGACACAAUGCUCAAUGCAGUCCCGGUUCCACCUGAGGUUCUGCUAAUGUCCAGAACCUGUGGAACACUGACCAUUUAUUAGGUCAAAUGAUCUCAAGGGCAAGCACCUGAUGUGCGCUUUGGGCAGGCAGUGAAGAUUCAAUAUGGCUCAAUACUUUGCUUUUUCAAGUGACAAAAGAAAAUGCUGUCUAUUUGUAGUUAUAAAUUAAACUGAAAAUAUUUGG